AAAAACCAGUUUCCGUACCGAUCACAUUCACAUCGCGCGCGGCAAUAGCGUAAUCGAGCCGUAGUUUUUAUAAAAUUGUUAUUCAUGUUUUCUCACGUAGAUUAAAAUCUCAAUAGUUACAGUUAGUUAUUCCGCACAGUUUAAUUUAGGAAAUUAAAAACCGUACUUUGAAGAUACUACGGUACAGUUGUGAUUUCCAAGGUGUGUCGUGGUUCAAAUUUCGAAUCGUGAGUGAACUUUUGUGCAUUCACAUGAAAAUAGGUGUUUUGUUUGUUGCAAUAAGUUUGUGUGCAAAAGAGAUGUUGAGAAACUGUAAAAGAAGUUGAUUAAUUCAAUCGUUUGUGUUUGCAUUAUUUGAGUGAUAUUCCGUGUUUUCUACAAGUCCCAGUGAAGUAAACAUGGCUGGAACGCAAUCACGGCUUCACCGGACAACGAUCAGCCGUUCCUGAUGCCCAACCACACAGUUGUCGGAGUCAUGCAGCCAUGGCCUGCAACAAGGCCGUAUAUUCCAUAUUCAUAGUGAUUUUCGGCUUCAUUUGCUUCAUCGUUGGAGCUGUCGCAGUCGGACUCCCAAAUUGGGGGUAUUUUUUCAGCUAUGAUUCCAACUUACAAAUCUCUAUGCAGUCGUACUACUUGGAGAACCCCAGCUUCGAGCAAGGCUACUUCGGGCCAUGGAUCAUGUGCAAGAAGAUGUUCUACAACAGGGAGAAGUGUGGUCCGGACGUGUCGAAGUUCCGGCCGUCUGCGGCAGUCCACAUCGCUGGCGUGGUGGGUGCCAUAGGCGUGUCAGUGCUGGGCGUCUACUGUAUACUGUCGGUGCUUCAGCUGGCCAUGAUCUCGUCGAAGGAGCGCGUCGGCUUCAAGUACACGCACCUCAUGAUGAUGAAGCUGGCGCUAGCACUGCUCGCCGCAUUGCUGUCGAUAGCAGCAGCAGGCCUGUUUGCUGUCCAAGGCGAUGACGGAGGUUACUAUCUGAAGAGGGGCGAAGCUUUUUAUGUUCAGAUAGUGUGUAUAGUAAUCAACUCGCUGCUGUUCAUAAUGUCUUUAUACGACGUGUUAUUCUCGCGACGGGAGGGCGGCGAUCCCACCAAUCCUACGGGGGAGACGCACAGCACCACCAUCAACAACCCCGGCUUCAAAGAAGGGAGAGGGAUAUCGAUGACAGACGCAUCGGGCAAGCCGUACAGUUCGAACGGCCACGGCAGCGUGGGCUCAGUUAACACGACGGCGACUACGCUCACUGGUCUAUCCGAUGCCAGCACCAUAACCCGUUCGCCGCUCCGCUCGUCGCUCAAGAAGCCACGCCCCCGGGAGGGUGAGCCGGGGCUCGGCAUACACAACCCUGGUUACUCGGGCCACUCACCCCCACUCAACAGAAACGGCAGCCAAAAGAAAGUGCGCAUACAAACACAUAGCACCGAAGUGUAAUAGUGCAGUGAAAGUGACUCUAAAUCAGUGCGGACUGAACUUGGUUACAAUCAGUGAUUAAGCAGAAGUUUUGAAGACUUUGGAAGCAUUUAUGGUUUGAACGUCAAUGAAAAUUUUAUUGGUAUGUUUACUGUGGGUGAACGGACAGUUUUUUACUGCGGUGAAAUCCUAUGUUAUGUAGGCAAUUGGAUCAAGUUUGUACGCAAUGCGCUGAUACUGAAAUACAUAUAAAAUUCAAAAUAUUUAUGAAAGUACGAUUGCCAUGUGUGUAAGUAUUUCAGUUUCAUCGCCAAUCAGUACAAACAUGUUUGUUUUAUAAAAGCCAAUAUUCUGCCAAACCAUAGAAGGAAUUUGUAAACGGUUUAAUUACCUAAAAAUUAACAAAAUGUUACGAUUUUUUUUUUAUUUGUGAUCAUAAAUGUUAAAAUAUGUAAAGAAUGUGACCAUUUAUGUGAAUUAUUGAGUUACUCUACAAUUAAUGGCAAAUUAUUAUUUUUACUGUGUUAACAUUUUGUUUCCAAUUAAAAAUCGUAACCUUUAGGUAUUUCUAACUUAUUUCUGACACUGGUAUUGUGAGACAGAUCUUGUACUUUUGUUUAAUUACAGUUUUAAAAAGAUGACUAGUGCAAUUUUGAUGCCAGAGCAUAGUCAUAUAUCUAUGUUUUUAUAUUGAAAAGACAGAUUUUUAACUAGGAUAAUGUACAUUUAUAACUAUGAAUAUCUACAUAUCUCACAAUUAUAUUUUAUAUUUGACUUUAUGAACUAUUCUUUACAAAUUAUUUAAAAUUAUUUGCACAUGAACAAAGUUCUUAUUACAUAUUUUAUUUAGUAUACAACAUAAUUAUACACAUUGUAUAUAGAUCAGCACAAAGUGUUGUAUAAACUAUAUUUUAUUGUUACGUCAAGCUUGUUGUAUAAAAUCACGCAAUUUUAAUUAUGACUUAUUUACAUUACAGGUAGAUACAAAUUUAAUUAGUUGCAAUAUAGUUAUAAGAUAAACUGAUCUAUUUUAGAUAAGUAUUGUAAAUACACUUGGUAUUAUAAAUCUAAUUUAAAAAAGCCCACCAGACUUGUUGCAAGUCCGUCAUUUAAAAAUAUCAUAGUAGAAUUAUUAUACCAUAUUUUGGUAUGAACAUUUCUGUUUCCAUAUUAUAUUUUAUUAAUUCAUAGUCUUGUAUAAACGGGACAAAAUUGAAUAAGAAAACAAUUUAAAUAACUACACUUCUCCUGUCAAUUGGCACUCGGAAGGUGAUUCUCACUAUUUGUAAGUAUGUAUAAUUGAGAUAUCUCAGAUAAAAUAUAUAAAUGUGAAAAUUUUCUCAAUUUUUAUACCUCUGGUAUAGUGUGAUACAGAAAGUAAUGUGCCUUGCCUUGUGUACCCUAACCUUGUGCCUUAUCCUAUGCCUCCUUGGAAUCUCUAAAAACCUUCUUAUUCAGUUUAUUUAUGUUAUACACUAGAAAUACUUAGGUUAUUAUUAUUUUUCAAUCCGUCCAAACUCUGGUCUUAAGGUUAUAUUAAAAACCUUAAAUUAGAUAUUUAAGUAGUUGUUUAAGAAUAAUAUGGGAUAAUCACAUUGUUAUUAUUGUUAUAUUUUGGCUCCGAGUAAUGUUUUAUCCUUUUUAAGAGUUUUAUUCAAGUUUUAGUAUUGAAGUAAUAAAAUUAAUCAUGUUCUAUUGAACAUUAACUAUGCAUAGUCUAAAAUUCAGAAGACCCAUAAAAAUAUUAACAAUAUUACGGUAAUUCUUUGACAAGAGCAUUACAAGAGUAAUUUAAAAACAUUGUAUGUAACCAAUGGAAUGUAAUAUUCUAUCUAUACCAUAGUCAAGAAUAUUGAUGUAUUUGAUAAAUGGCAAAACUAUACACUGUACAUAAUCAAUUAAGUCAUAAUUAACAAACUAUUUAUAAUUAAUUCUCAAUUAGUUUCACCAAUGCACGUAAUAUUAAAUUUUACUGUGGUUAUAAGAAUAUAAUGUGUUAUACAUAUAACACAAUAGGUACAUACCUACUACCAUUUCUGUUAUUUGAUAUAAUUUUUUAAGUGAUUUGAGAGACUACUCUUUGAUCACAUUGAAAAAUUAAAAUGAAUCAAAUUAUAUUAGGUAGAUAUCUCCGUCCGAAUUGUUUCAAAAUAGCAAUAUAAAUUAAUGAUUGAAUAUUGUGUAUGU